AUGUCUUCAGUCUCGCAGGAAGCUCUUUCUAAAACCACCCCUCCUCUGUCUACGAAUUUCAUUGUGCCCCACGUCCCAAUUCCUCGAAAUGGUGUUGAUUAUAGGGGCAAAGUCGUCCUUGCGCCUAUGGUCCGUAGCGGCGAGCUCCCGUCCCGCUUACUUGCUCUUCAUUACGGAGCCGACCUUGUUUGGGGCCCUGAGACUAUCGACCGCUCGAUGAUUGGCACGACACGCAAAAUCAAUCCUCGCACGUCUUGCAUAGAAUGGGCGCGACCUAUCACGAACGUUCCGCAGGGUAUGCUCGGCUUCAAGAAAGAGAACGUCCUGUACAGGAUAGAUCCAGCGCGCGAGAAAGGGAGGUUGAUCUAUCAGAUCGGUACAUCCAAUCCAGACCUAGCAGUCCAGGCCGCUAAGGUGGUCGCAGCGGACGUGUCGGGUAUAGAUGUCAACGCAGGCUGUCCGAAACCCUUCUCAACUUCCGGUGGUAUGGGGGCUGCAUUAUUGCGAACACCAGAUCUGCUUGCUUCCAUACUGCGUGAGCUUGUUGAAAAGGUUGGAAAGGUCUACGAGAUUGGCAUUUCAGUCAAGAUUAGAUUACUGGAAACGCCAGAGCUGACCGAGUCACUUGUGAGGAAGCUAUGUGGCACUGGUAUCAUCGGCUUGACUGUACAUUGUCGCACUACUCCAAUGCGUCCAAGGGAACGUGCAAUCAGAGAUCAAUUACGGAUGAUCGGAUCAGUCUGCCGAGAAUAUGGAGUGGCUUGCCUCAUGAAUGGCGACGUAAAGAAUCGGGACGAGGCACUCCGGCUUGCGACAGAGUACGGUGUCGAUGGUGGGAUGAUUGCUACAGCAGCAGAAAGCAAUUCUAGCGCCUUCCGGACACUCGCACGGGGAGGACUUGCACCUUGGAGAGAGGUUGUCAUGGAGUAUCUAAAGUACGCCAUGAACGUAGAGAACAAAUGGGGAAACACGAAAUUUUCGCUAGGACAGUUGAUUCCAGGACGAGAAGCAUGCUACAAGGCAGUCAGUAUGUCUAAGAGCCAUGUUGAAUGCGUCAAGCUGCUUGGAUUGGACAGUGCUGAGAUGAUGAGAGACGCGGAGGAGGCAGAUAAAGUGCUGGGUUUGAACGAGCCGAUCCCAAGCAAGCAAGAGCGAAAGCAGAUGCGGAAACAGAUGAAAAGGGCUCUGGAGGGUGGUGAUGCCAACGGAAAUACCGGUGCUGGCCAAAAUGAGAAGAAGCAGAAGCAAUUUGAAUUGGGGAAUAGCACGAAAGAGGCUGAAUAUGAAGCCCACCAACAAGUGGCUGUGGCCUAG